AAGUGAACUGAGAACCAAGGAAAAUUCUUUGUAGAAUAUUUUUCUGUACAGAUUUUUGUUGCCGUUUAUAAACACUGUGUUGAUAAUAUGCAGUAUUAUGAAACACUGAAACACAAAGUAAUUACAACCAAUUACCAGAAAAAAUACCGAUGACUUCCUGCAUGUAAUCAAAAAGAAGAAGAAGAAAAAAAGAAAUGAAAAUUAUGAAAAAUGUGAUUCCCAUACAUACACUUCGAGCUUUUACAUAAUACUCGAAAUAAACGCGUUCAUUUCUACAUGAGAUAAAGAUGUUGUGUAGGUGGUUUAUAAGUCAAUGAAAUUAAUUUUGUGUUAAAUCGACAAGAUCUGUGUGUGUAUUUUCGGCUAGGUUAACCAAACACAAAGACAUCAGUGUUCAAAAUAAAGUACCCGAAUCAACGAGUCGGAUAAAAUUCUUCAAAUUCAUUCUUUGCUAACUUAUCUUAUUUCAAGAUGGCUGGAGCACCUCCGAAAUGGGAAAAAUUAUCACCAACCGAAUUUCAACAGUUACAGGAUCUGGCAUCAUAUUCAUGCCGCAAAUUGCAAGAUGUUCUUCAAGAAUUUUGCUCACCAGAAAACCCACAAAAAUUCCAACCCGAUGGGGACAUUGACUACGAUGGAUUUCGUCGUUUUUUGGAUGCAUUUCUGGAUUGCGAAGCACCGGAAGAACUAUCCCGUCAUCUGUUCAUAUCAUUCCUUAAACCAUCUGUGGCCCAAUCACAAAUCCAAGGUAAAGUACUUAAUCAAAUGGCAGCGGUCAGUAGUAAUGCAGCAUGUGCCGCCGUAACAUCUCAUACCAAAGUUACACCAUCGGAACCACGCCAAAGUUUUGUGGAUAAAAUUCAUGGCAUCACUGAUAAAUUGCAAUCACUUGGACACAUUGGCGGUCAUGAUGGUAAUAGUGAUGCAAAAGGAAAGUCAGGUUCGGUACAUCCAAUGGUAACAGUAACACCAAGCCCACUAGCUGGACCACUACAACCAUCGUCAGUUCGAUCGACAGAUUCAAGUCCGUCACAUUCGCACAGUCAUAGUCAUUCUCAAAUGUCACGAAAUUCAUCCCGAAAAAGUAACAAUUCCGUCAACUGUAAACUGGAUACCGACUUAAAAUUGUUACCACGCAAAUACUCCUAUCUCGAUCCAUUAACACUUAAAGUCCCUCUAAAGGAUGUUGUGUGCUAUCUAUCUCUGUUGGAGGCAGGAAGACCCGAAGAUAAACUGGAAUUUAUGUUUCGUUUAUACGACACUGAUGGAAAUGGUGUACUGGACACAACUGAACUCGAUGCAAUUGUAAAUCAAAUGAUGUCGGUCGCCGAAUACCUCGGCUGGGAUGUUAGCGAACUCAGACCUAUUCUUCAAGAAAUGAUGACAGAAAUAGAUUAUGAUGCCGAUGGCACCGUAUCUCUGGAAGAAUGGCAAAAAGGUGGCAUGACAACAAUUCCAUUAUUGGUGCUAUUAGGUGUUGACAAUGCUCUGAAGGAGGAUGGUAUUCAUGUGUGGCGACUAAAGCAUUUCAAUAAACCAGCGUACUGCAAUUUAUGUUUGAAUAUGUUGGUUGGACUGGGCAAAAAAGGAUUGUGCUGUGUUUUAUGCAAAUACACCGUACACGAAAGAUGUGUUCAACGUGCUCCCGCAUCAUGUAUAGCAACUUAUGUAAAAUCGAAAAAGGCAAAGGGUGGUGGAGCACAACUUCUCCAUCACUGGGUUGAAGGAAAUUGCUACGGACGUUGUUCAAAAUGUCGGAAACGUAUUAAGUCUUAUCAUGGCAUCACAGGACUGACAUGUCGAUGGUGUCAUAUAGUGUUACACAAUCGUUGUGCCGCAUCGGUGAAGGCAGAAUGUACACUAGGCGAAUCAGCGAAUAUGAUUUUACCGCCGACAUCCAUAUGUCCGGCUGUAUUAGAUAGACAGAGAUCGGUUACAUUCGCAUCAAACAAAUCGAAAGCCAACCAACAACCAGCAAUGCAUUUCCAAAUCAGUGCAUCACCAGACACGUGUCCAUUAUUGGUCUUCAUUAAUCCGAAGUCCGGCGGCAGGCAAGGUGAUCGAAUACUCCGAAAAUUUCAAUAUAUGCUAAAUCCACGUCAAGUAUACGAUUUAUCGAAAGGUGGACCGAUAGAAGGCUUAACGAUGUUCAAAGAUGUGCCGAAUUUUAAAGUGAUUUGCUGUGGUGGUGAUGGCACUGUGGGUUGGGUCUUGGAGGCAAUGGAUUCCAUUCAAAUGGUAUCACAGCCUGCCAUAGGUGUAAUACCGUUGGGUACCGGAAAUGACUUGGCACGUUGUUUGCGAUGGGGCGGUGGUUACGAAGGUGAAAGCAUACCGAAAAUAUUGGAUAAAAUAACGAACUCUACAACGGUUAUGCUAGAUCGAUGGAGCAUUGAAGUUACGAACAAUGCUGCAGCCGAACAAUUUCCGAAACCUAAGGUACUAAAGGUCACAUUGUCCGAAAAUGUUCAUAAAAUUGCCGACCUAUCCCAACGAAUUGUCGUUGAAAAAUCUGUGAUACAAACAUACGAGGAAAUCAAAAGUCAAAGCACAAAAACAACGGAAAUCUGUGUGGAAAAUAUCAAUCGAACUGUAUCGAUGUCAUCUUCGACAGUACGGGAAACAAUAAAUGAUUCGAAGAGUGAAUAUAAUGGUGAUAUAGAUACUGAAUCAGUCAAUGACAGUGUUUCGAACACUAAUGGAAUUGUAAUUGGUGAUGUUUGUGAUGGUGUUAUUACUGAAAGUCAUCCGAAUGCUGGUAAUGAAGCUUUAAAUAAUUGUAUUAAAAUAACGGACGCUACGAUACAAAGGCCGUUAAAACCUCAAACCGAGAUGGAUUUCCUAGUGCCGUACAACAUUAUCAACAAUUAUUUUUCAGUUGGAGUGGAUGCAGCAAUUUGUGUUAAAUUCCAUUUGGAACGUGAAAAAAAUCCGCACAAAUUCAACAGUAGAAUGAAAAAUAAAUUGUGGUACUUUGAGUACGCGACUUCCGAAACAUUUGCUGCGUCAUGUAAAAAUCUUCACGAACACAUCGAAAUUGUGUGUGAUGGUGUAUCAUUGGAUUUGGCAAAUGGACCUCAUUUGCAAGGCGUUGCUCUGUUGAACAUUCCAUAUACGCACGGCGGUUCAAAUUUAUGGGGCGAACAUUUGUCACAGAAGCGAAUCAAACGUUCAGGUGGACCAUUUCGAAAGGGUAAAAAAUUGAUGAGCAGAGAUAAAGAAUUGUCAGCUACAAGUUUUAAUUCGGUUGAUUUAUCCGUUGCUAUACAAGAUUUUGGUGAUAGACGAAUUGAAGUGAUUGGAUUAGAGAACUGCCUCCAUAUGGGUCAAGUUAAAACUGGACUACGUUCGUCCGGCAAAAGAUUGGCUCAAUGCAGUGACGUUAUUAUAACAACGAAAAAAACAUUUCCUAUGCAAAUUGACGGCGAGCCCUGGAUGCAGGGACCAUGCACGAUAAAAGUAACGCACAAAAACCAAGUACCGAUGCUGAUGGCACCACGACCAGCUAAAGGAAAAGGGUUUUUCAGUUUUCUACGAAGAUGACUAAAGAAAAAGUCUGAUGCCGUCCACAGUGAUGAUGCUGAAUAAUAGUUGCUAUGAGUUUUAAACUCGUUAUUCCUAAAAUUCUGUAGAAAGAGAGGACCUAACUUUUAAGCACACAAGUCACUCCUUCCUUGAGAGUAAUCAAAUUUUUUUAUUUAUUUUUUUAUACUCAAUAAGAUUAAAGAUGCUUUGUUAAGAUUGUUCAGUAAAUUCUUAUCAAUUAAUUAACAUCCAACUGCAACCGAAAUACUCAAAUCAUUUAGAAUUUAGCCAAGCAUUGCCAAACUUGAAAAUUUUGCUGUAUUUUAUUGCUACGAAUGCCUCGAAACUCAUCUGAACGUUUGAUGCAUACAAAUUAAGUUUCUGUUGGCAUUUAAUUUUCUUAUUUACGGAAUGCGCACACAAUUUUUAUUGUCCAUUAGGACUUUCAGCAUAAAGACGAAACUGUUGAUUGAUAGUAUACGGUGGUAUGGUUAUAUACAGUCAACGUUGGAUAUCUGUAUUCUAGCCAUUUUAUAUGAAUCAUAUAUGAAUUCUUUAUCAGUUCGGUGUCUAUUAAUCAAUUGACUGUGCAAAUAAUGUAGUCCUCCGUACUUAAAAUGAACCCUGGCAUAAUCGUCUUAACUGAUUGUGUUCCGAUAAAUAAAAUGAAAGAAAUUGUUCAUUUGGCACACUUUAUAUAAUACAUUGCGACAUCAUAGAUCGAUUUAUACUUAUAGAAAACCGAAAUUGUUUAGGUCGAUGACCUACCUAAAAAAUAUUAAUUAUUUUUUAAAUUAAUUUUUAUUGGCCAUGUUGCAAAUAGACGUUAGAGUUAUUAUCGAAUAAUGAAGAGAUAAUUGAAUGUCGUUACAUUAAUUAGCUGAAUACCCAACCCAUCGUUUUCAUGUAAAUAUUUAUUAGACGUUAACAUUAAUAUUUAUAAAAGCAAGCGCAAUUAAUAUAAUUAUUUAAUCUAACCGAAUUGUACUUCCCAUUUUGAAAUGUUUAUCAGAAAUUGUUUCAAGUGAAAAUUAUAUUCGAUUGUUAUUUAAUUGUUUAAGUUCCAUUUAUGUGUCUCUGAUGUAUACAUUCAAAAAUUAUUGAAAUAAAAAUUAAGCUUGGAAUCUACGGUUAGGUUUAGCGAAUGGACGAGCGCUUGAUUGUUUUUCAAUCGAUCCGAGUGCGAUGCUUUCAACAAAAAGACACAAUUCGAAAUUUACCAAGAGCUGUUCUCGUUCAAAUGGUAUUACUUCACAGAAACAGUGUUCCUUUUCAAUAGACGAAGACCGAGCACAUCUUUCGAUUCUAUCAUUAUACCAUACAGCUAGCUGCAAAGUACAAUUACCGACCUGAUAAUUUCGAAAUAUGUUUUUUCGUAGUUGAUUUUAAGACACUAACUUUUCGGUGCUUUAUAUAUUCGUAGAAAUAUGUAUUAUGUAAUUCGAAUGGACCAUUUAAUUUAUUUUACCAGCUACAUGCGUCGAAACCCAUAGUUUUCUCAACUCGAUGACAGAAAGUGAAAUUUUCGUUGCAUUUAUUGAGAGAAACUUAUACAACUCGGUGAUAAAGACAUAAAUAACUAUUUCAUAAUUCAUGCACUUCUUAAGACGCCUUCAAAAUGUUGCAUCAAUAACAAAGGAUAAAAACUGGGCAAGUCAUGUUUUCGUUUGUUUAUAGAUCUCGGCUUCGCCUCGGAUUAACAAAAUUCACGUGAAAGCUUGACUUUUCAACUUCUUAUCCUGUAUGAAUGACUUGACUAUAAACUGAAUGACUUGACUAUAAACUUUGUUGAAAUAUUGCCUCAUUUAAACACAUUGUAACAAGAAAUAACAAAAUUGCCAAUGCGAUGGUGCCAUCGAUCUGAUGUUAUCUUCACGUAGUGAUUAUCGUAGAAAAACACAACGAUAUUCAGUCCUUUAAAGGUCCGAAUAUACGUACGGCAAGAAACGACAAGAGAUUGUGCCAAAAAUAAAUUUAUCUUUUAAAAGAAUUUCGUACAGACUGAACACAAAGAAAAUGCGACUUUUCUACGAGGACAGACAGAUGACCUUUUCGAAGCACUUGUUGAGAGAAAUUCCCCAUUAAGGGGUGCGAUAAUUAAUUGAAUCAGCUGCAAUGGUUUAACAACAAUUAAGACACACAAAAGUUCAUUUCGUUUACAAUCUAACCGUUCUGUAUAAUUGUGAUAUAACGCUUUAUCUAAUUAAAUCAUCUAACCGUAUGAUAUUCUUUUCGUCGAAACAUAUUGCUGUGUAAACUAUAAAAAUUACCAAAUAAAAUAAAUUGUUAGAUAGAAACUCUUAAUGGAAUCCUAAAUCAAUAGGUUCUUUUUCGUUCGAAAAGCUAUGAGUAUGGACAAAAGGUGUUUCAAAACAAAACAACAAAACAAAAAUAUACCUUCAUAUAUAGCUAACAAAAUAUAUUCUACCAUAUUUUAUCAUAAAUGUAUAGUCGUUCGGAUAUUAUUAGCGAUAAAAGUGUAAAAGAAAUUUUUUUGUUUUAUUUUAUCGAAAAAAGGAAAAAUCAUUUUUUAAACUUUUUUUAUGUUUAACCAUUUUUUACGUUCUCAAAAGCAAAAAUCUUCACUCGAUUUUGCUUCGGAAACACCACAGUAGCAGUUAACAUAAAUUAAUUAAGUUAAAAUUAAAACCUAAAAUUAUAAAAAAAAAUUAAACUUAAAAAAAACAAAAAAAAAUUCUAAAUAUUUACAUUAUUAUCGUGUUUAUAAAUGAUAAUGAAUUUAUAAAUGAAAAUUGAAAGAAAAAAUAGAAUAAAAGAGAAAAUGGAGAAAAAGAAAAAGAUUUUAUUUAAACUAAAUUAUACGUCCCUUUUAGAAUUACAAGUAUUAUAUGCAAGUAAUACAUACAAAUAGUUCAUUGUAUUCAGCAUAUAAAAUGAAGACUAUAAACUAAAAAGAAAAUGAAUGAAAAGAAAAAAUUGAAGAAUUUAUUAAAAGAUCAAAGAUCAGCAAAUAGCUUUUUUCGUGUCUUAGAAACAAAACAAAAAUAUAAAAAAAACUUAAAAAAAAAGAAGUAAGAGGUAUAUACAUAGUAUAUUAUGAACAUUAUAAAAAAAUGAAUGGAUAAUUUAUAUAGUAAGUACAUUAUAUAUUUAUAUUAAAAGUCUGUUUUGAAUGGUAAAGAGAUAGAAAGAAUUUAAAAAAAAUCUUAAAUUUAUUUUACAUUUCUGUUUGUAAGAAAAACAAAAAAAAAACUUUUUUCAAAUUCCCUCGUUCGGACCAAACGGGAUUAAAAAUUAGUAAUAAUAAAGAAAAAAUUGAAAACCAGAAACAAAUUGUAUAACAUUUCAAAGAUAAAUGUGUAAUGAUAUAAAACUUAGUCUAUCAAAUUAAAAUGUUAAAAAUUAAAAUGAACAAUAAAAUAAACAAAAAAUGUAAAAUUAAAAACAUCUAAAACCAAAUUGAACUAAAAACCAAAUAAAUGUGAAAUCUAUUCAAAUUUAUCGAACUACGUACUUACUUAAAUCCAGUUUAGGCAUUUGAUCUACGUUUAAAGCCGAGGAGAACUAUCAUUUUUCUUGAUUUAUUUUCCAAUUUUCUACUCCAAUUCCGGGUGAAUAAAGGUUCAAUAAACAGGUGAAUUACAGCUUUCACAUACUAAACCAAUUGAACGUCGAAAAUACAUCAAAGAAUUUCCCUUUUCUUGUAUCA